ACAGGAGGAAGAUGGGUGGAAAGAAUUCGAGCAAAAAGAGGUUGAUUACAGUGGCCUCAGAGUUCAGGCAAUGCAAAUCAGUGAAAAGGAAGAAGACGAUAAUGAAAAGAGAGAAGAUCCAGGCGACAACUGGGAAGAAGGUGGAGGAGGUGGUGGUGGUGUAGAAAAGUCUUCAGGUCCCUGGAAUAAAGCAGCUCCGGCCCAAGCACCUCCUGCUCCUGUAAUUGUUACAGAAACUCCAGAACCGGGAAUGACUAGUGGUGUGUAUAGGCCUCCUGGGGCCAGAUUAACCACAACGAGAAAAACACCACAAGGACCACCAGAAAUAUACAGCGACACACAGUUCCCAUCCCUGCAGUCAACUGCCAAGCACCUAGAAAGUCGGAACAGGGAUAAAGAAAUGGAGAAGAGCUUUGAAGUAGUAAGACACAAAAAUAGAGGCAGGGAUGAGGUUUCCAAAAACCAGGCCCUUAAACUCCAGCUAGCCAACCAGUAUGCUGUCCUUGAGAAUCAGAAAAGCAGCCACUCACAGUACCAUUAAGGAAUGGUCUUUGCUAGCCCUUCCCAGGUAACUAGACCACAGCCAGCACCUCGAACAGCUACUCGUCAUCUGCUCUCUGCUGGAUCUACAGAUUGAUGCAGACCACUUGAUCUCAGUGACCGGCCCUGUUGCACUAUGGAAAUUAAUGUGUUACGACUGUCUUUGUGAAUUGAUUUGGGGGAAUUUUCAUGGCUAUAUAAAUGUGUGAACUAGGUGCAGCAGUUUUCUUUCGUAAUUGCUCUGCAAAUACAAAAACCAAAACCUGCAGCCAGUGGUCAUUUCAAAAUCUUUUUAUGUUCAGAUACUGAGCCUCCGUAAGGGUUGACUACCUCAGAUUUGCUGCACUCAUGCGGACUUCAUGUGGAUCCAACUUCGGGACAAGAAGGUUACAGCUGUUAAGUGUUGCCGAUGUGGACCUUGGAACCAGCUCUACUGGGUUCUUUCCAGGAAUCCUGCAGAAAGUCAGCCAUCUGGGUUCUGAUCUGCUGUGAAAGAUGAAGAUUUAAGUGACCUUAAUUAACCUGUCCUGUGCCCCACCCUUAAGGAAUACUCUCUGUAGUAGGCUGUGGCUCCGUUAGCCUUCCUGGAACAUGCCGCUCAAAAGAACUCGUGUGUUCAGAACAUCUCUGUAGGACUGAUUUGUCAUUUGAAUUUUUAGUUGUAUUCUGAGGUAACCACAAAUUAAAUUCACCCACUUGGGUCCACCAAGUGCGUGGGAAAACGGGGUGAGGGAGAAAAUAACCUUGUUUCUUUUAGUAACUUUUUGUUUGGAUAGUGCUUUAUUUUUGUUCCACAUUAAGGCCUUUUUUGCUUUGACUGGAAAUAAGUUCUUUGACAGAGCAUAUCACAUGGUGAAGUGUAAGUAACCUGAAGUCUGCAUUAGAAUUGUGAAAUGUCUCGUGAGUCUGCCAAUCCUGAGGGUGGAACCAAGUAGCCUUUGAGGUAAAGGGCAGUAGAUGCCCGCGGUCUACUUCAGGUGCUUAAAGCCUCUCUAAUCAGGUCUGAACGGUAUGGUCAGCCGCAGCGGAAGGAGUCUGCCUUCUGCUCGGGCCAAGGAGCUCACUGACCUGUCCUUAGAAGUUCAAGCAGCAUGAGCAGAGCCUCAGCUAAAACCCAGUUACGUUUCCCGGAUCGUGCAUGAUCUUGGUAAGAGUUCCUUCUAUACUUGUGCCCAGACUUAAGACAUUGGACGUCCUGUAGAUGCAGUCAUUGUCCCAGCUGGCUGUUCACAACUUUUCAGUGUGUCGUCAUGUUGUUCACGUGAGAGUCAGGGCAAAAGGUGAUGUAGCACUUCUGUUUUUAGUAAUCACAGCUUAAACCUAGUAGUUUUUAGUCCUUAAAAGGGACUUGAAGGAGCCACCCAGGGUUGCAGAAAAGUUUCUUUCCACCUAAUGAGAUAGUUAACUAAUUUUGUAUCUUUGGUUUAAUGGAAAUACUUCAGAGUGGUCUGUGACCACUUGAUGCAGAGUCUGGGUUUCUCUAUAAUAAAUCCCUUUGCCAAAUGCAGGAGUGGCAGACUUGCUACCGGCAAGAGUGAAGCAAGUGGUGAGUAAAACUUCUGAUGUGGGAGCAUUUUCCUUUAGGAGUUCAGUCUCGAUGAAAGUGUUGGUGCAGGAAUCAGACUCCUAGGAGGAUUGCAGUGUCUCCUGAUGGGACCUGCCAGCCAUGUCUGGGCCCUAAUGUUGGCAUUUCUUGAGGCGGCAGCUAGGAUGCCUGCCUUCUGAUGUAUUUAAGUAGCUGCACCAGCCAAAGGAGAUUGGAUGAUUAAAUCAGAAACAGGAGAUUCUUGGUUAAGCUGAAGAUGUCAUUUGGGAACCAAAAACCUUAACAAAUAGUCUCUUGGACUUUGAAAAGUACGCUUUUUCUCCCCAGCAAAAUGUUGGGUUCUGUUAUUGAGGAAUGAACUGAGAGAAGUACGUGGAGGUGUUACAUCAUGGCAUACUGUACCAGAAAUCUGAAGGCCUGCAGCAGAUUUAAAUUCCAACUCUUGUUACACCUUUUUAAAAGAUUGUGAGAAUAUCAAACUGUCCAUGAAUCAAGUUUAAUACACUGUAUGAUGGGUGGACGAGGCUGUCUGUUGUGCCGUUUCCUCCCCUGGAUUCUCAGGCACGCUUUGGCAGUGCAAGAACUCUGUAACAUUAACAAACUCAAUAAAAAGUAAAUAUAUGGACUGGGAA